UGGACAGCGAGGCCGUCAUGUGUACCGUGGAGAGUUUGCGAGUUCUCGAGCUAUACAGUGGAAUAGGAGGGAUGCAUUAUGCAUUAAAGGAGAGUGGCAUACCUGGCCAGGUGGUGGCUGCUAUUGACAUAAACACCACUACCAAUCAGAUCUACAGGCACAAUUUCCCUGACACCCCGCUCUGGAACAAGACAAUAGAGGGCAUACCACUAGAUGACUUUAAUAAAUUAUCUUUUGACGUGAUUUUGAUGAGUCCUCCAUGCCAACCUUUCACCAGGAUAGGUCUUCAGGGUGACAUUCAUGACCUCAGAACCAAGAGCUUCCUAUACAUCCUCGAUGUUUUGCCAAGGUUGCACAGGCUGCCCCGCUUCAUUCUGCUGGAGAACGUGAAAGGCUUUGAGAGUUCCUCUGCCAGGAAUAUUUUGGUGAAAACACUGAUGGAGUGUGGAUAUACUUUCCAGGAGAUCAUGGUCUCACCAACAAGUGUUGGGAUUCCUAAUUCAAGAUUGCGUUAUUUCCUGACUGCUAAGCUUGCGACAGAUAACUUAAGCACCCAGACAAAGAUUUCAGAUGCCCACCUACAUCCCUCUGAGUAUGAUUCGUCUGAGCCGCCCACAGACUUGAAUCCGACAAGUACCUGCCAGCCAGAAGAGGACUUGCAGGGGGAUCAUGUCCUGUAUAAACUGGAGACAGCAACUGAUGUGCAGCGGAAAAUGAUUCAGAACAACAAUCUGUCUGUCAGGCAGAUCCAAGACUUCCUGGAACCACAGAUGGAAGCGAACUUUCUUCUUCCUCCUAAAACCCUACUGCGAUAUGCUCUGCUCUUAGACAUUGUUCAGCCUUCAUCCAGGAGGUCCGUCUGCUUUACCAAAGGCUAUGGACGUUAUGUUGAAGGAACUGGCUCAGUACUGACAAAUUGUAUGGAAACAGAGAUGGAGCUUGCCUUUACUCAUCUGGACCAGUGCUCUGAAGAAGAAAAACUCAAGCGGCUAAUGAAAUUGAAGCUCCGAUAUUUUACUCCAAGAGAAGUUGCCAACCUCAUGGGUUUCCCUCAGAGCUUCUGCUUUCCAGAACAAAUCUCAACCAGGCAGCAGUACAAAGCUCUAGGAAACAGCCUGAAUGUUGUGCUGGUGACCAAACUCUUACAAACGCUACUCUCCUAGCAUUUGGGAUGUGUCUCUGGAGAAGAUCAUUCUGUUGUCAUUGUUAAUUAAAUAUAUGUAUAGUGUAAUCAUUGCUAGCUAUGUUAACUGAUCAAAAUGGUCAAAAAUACUUCUGUGACAUCACUAUUAUAUAAAGUUACAUGUCUCUUACAUGCAACUUAUCAGUACAUACAUAUUUUUGCUUGGAUCUGGUUAUUGGUUUUUUUCUUGUUUUUUUCCAUAAAAAUUAGAAAAUCUUGAAGACAACCUAUGACAUAUGUAGUUUUUAUAUUUAUCCUGAUUGAUCAUUACUAGUGCAGUGACUGCUGUAAACAUGCCUGUUUGAAAGGGGCUGUUUGCUUGGCCUGUGGAAACGCUUCAGAGCUUACGGAAUUAUUCCUUGUCAUUAGUGAGCCCUCCUCGAACCGUUCAGAAUAUACUGACUCUUUUUCAAUGGUAACAUGCAGGACAUUGUUUGCAUAUAUUUAAUAGAUAUUUUAUGAUGCAGGCUUAAGUUAGUAAACGUUUUGUACAUCCUACCUGUUUUAUCUGCAAUGAGGAUUUUAUAGUCAAUGUUUUUCAUAAAAUGAGCUGAAUUAGCUGUAUUACUAUUUACAUGUGUGGUUUAUAUAUAGGUUUGAAAGAU